GAGUUUCGCUCUCAUGCGAGUCUGCGUGCAGCGCGAUGAAUUCUCAUAUUUUUUAAAUUCUGCACCAUUGAGUAUUAUUAUUAUAAUUUCUCGUGAAUUACGAUUUUUAUCCGUACUUUUAUGAUAAAAGUGAGGGCGUGCAGUGUUCUGAAGAGGUUGAGGCUUUUUAAUUUUUCGUGCCUUUUGCUGUCAUAUAGAAUAUAGAUGCCAUUCGCUCGUGAAGUGCGAAAAAAAUAACCUCAAUAGUCUCAUGACGCACUGUAUAUGAUUAAUGCAAAAUGGCCCUUCCAUUGAAUGAUGUACAGCUGUCUGAAACAGUUCCAGAAUUACUGUUGGAUAAACACACCGAUUAUUUAGUUUCCUAUGGAACAAAUAAAGAUGAUUACACAUUCUGCAUGACGGAGCAUCUGCGAGUUUCUGGAAUGUAUUGGGGCCUAACUGCUCUUGACUUGAUGGGGCAAUUAGAUAAGACAAACAAAGAUGAAGUUUUAGAAUUUAUUAAAAAAUGUCAGCACGAUUGUGGUGGUAUCAGUGCAAGUGUUGGUCAUGAUCCUCACAUGCUUCACACACUCAGUGCUAUUCAGAUAUUGUGCAUCUAUGAUGCACUUGAGACUAUUGACAUUGAAAAAGUUGUAAAAUAUAUAAAGGAAAGACAGCAACCUGAUGGCAGUUUUACAGGUGACAUUUGGGGUGAAGUAGACACAAGGUUUUCUUUCUGUGCAGUGGCCUCUUUAGCUCUAUUGGGUCGCCUAGAGGAAAUAGAUGUUAGAAAGGCUGUUGAAUUUGUAUUGAAGUGCAUGAACUUUGAUGGUGGUUUUGGCUCAAAACCAGAUGCUGAAAGCCAUGCUGGUUUAAUUUAUUGUUGCGUUGGAACAUUAUCUAUAACUGGUGAUUUACACUGUGUGGAUGCAGACAGACUGGGCUGGUGGCUUUGUGAAAGACAGUUACCCUCAGGAGGUUUGAAUGGUAGACCAGAAAAGCUGCCAGAUGUAUGUUACUCUUGGUGGGUACUGUCUUCACUUUCGAUUCUCGGAUAUCUUCACUGGAUUGACAAAGACCGACUGAUAAAGUUUAUACUUUCGUGCCAGGACACGGAAACUGGUGGAUUUAGCGACCGACCUGGCGACAUGGUCGAUCCUUUCCACACUCUGUUUGGUCUUACAGCUAUUUCCAUGCUGGGUGCUGACAAGUCAUUGAAAGAAGUCAAUCCGACCUUCUGCAUGCCAGAGUAUGUGAUACAACGACUGGGUUUGAAACCGGAUCGUCUAGAUAGGUGAUCGAAAAGAAUCGAUGAAUACUGAAUUGUAAUUUUUAAACCAAACACGCUUCGUAAAAGAGGUAAUUGUAAUAAUAAAUCAUUUAUUAUCUAUUUA